AUGUCGGUGCAAGCGGAGGAGAUUGCGGACGGCAGGAAGGAGUCAGUACCCAACCAUGCUGGCCUCGAUUCCCUGGGCGAUCCAGAUGAGUACAUCAAGGUGUUGCAAGACGUAUCGGUGUUGGUGGUCGGGGCAGGUGGUGUCGGGUGCGAGGUUAUCAAGAAUCUCAUUCUCUGCGGGCUGCGAAAACUGGUCAUAGUGGACCUCGACACCAUAGACAUAUCUAAUUUGAACCGGCAGUUCCUCUACAAGCGGCAGCAUGUGAAGAGAUACAAAGCAGAGGUUGCCUGCGAGCGCGCUCGAGAGGCGGCGCCGGGAUGUGACAUAUCGGCCAUGGUCGUCGACGUGCUAACAUGGCGCCCACAGGAUGUGGCAUGCUACGACGCGGUGCUUAAUGCACUCGACAACGUGAGAGCGCGCUCCCACAUCAACUAUUGUUGUAUGCAUGCAGGAGUCCCGCUGAUUGAGUCGGGGAGCAGCGGGUUCAAUGGGCAGGUCUACCCAAUACUACGCGGAGUUACACCUUGCUACGACUGUCACGCAAAGCCGCGCAGCAAGUCAUAUCCGGUUUGCACUAUUCGUCAAAUCCCGGAGAAGCCGGAACACUGCAUCGCCUGGGCCCGCCAACUCUACGAGUUGAUCUUCGGUGCGAAGGAUAAUGGGAAUAUUCUGAGCGACCUGGCAAUACCUCCCAUGCCGGUUGGUGAGGGAGUGAAGGUAGAGCAAGCGCGCAGUUGGGUUCGUGAUGUCUUCACCUUUCUUUUUGACACGCAAAUCGCGGAACUCAUCGACCUAAAGGAUAGGUGGACGGGAAGGCAGGCUCCGCAGUGUAUAAACUAUCCGUUUACAUCUGGAGAUGCGGAUGCCGCCGGGAAUUCCGUGGAGGAAAAGCUGCCUGAGAAUUUGGAAGAUGAAGAUGAAGCCGCUGAUGUCUCUAAAAGGGGUCGCGUGGAAAAUAGUACGCACAGUUCAGACGACGACUCACCCCAAGCCAAAUCAAGAAAAAUCUAUGCGCAUACAGUGGAAUCUCAAAGCGACGCGCUCAGUGAACCGAUUUCCCCGAACGUGGCGAAACAAAAUCAACAAGAGAUGAAGAUUGCUGACAAGUUUCGCACGUGCGACACCAACGAGUUGGCUGAACAGUUCAUAAGCUCUGUGAUGCAACUGUUACUUGAUCGGCCGGAUGAUUUGGGCCGCGCCGUGUUCGACAAGGACGACCCGCUGUGCAUACAGUUCGUGGCGGCCGCGGCGAAUCUGCGCAUGAUAAACUUCCACAUACCGCAGGUCAGCGCUUGGGACGUUCAGUCCAUAGCAGGGGCGAUCAUACCCGCUAUUGCUGCGACCAACGCCAUUGUCGCCGCAGCCCAGGUGAUGCAACUCGUACAUCUCCUGCAUGCGCGACGGGCGGGAGGCGGAACGAUUUCCAGGGAAACCUUGGAGGCGAGCCGUUGCAGAUUCGUCUGGGUAAAGUCGUGCGUGACCGGCUCCACACCCCUGAAGAAGGGGGCGCUAUGCAGCCCUGAUGUGCUUGACAUGCCAAACGCCAGCUGCACCGUGUGCCAACAACAGCUUGCACGGGUAGAGCUGCAUUCCCUGGAACACUGGACCCUGGCAAAGUUCGCAUCGCGCAUAUGCAACGAACGCAUGGGAAUGGAGGCCGUCAGUAUAGAUGUCGAUGGGCGGAACAUACUUGACCCCGACUUUAUGGAGGAAGACGAGACGUACGCCAAGCGGAUCAGGGAAUGGACCAUGCUGCAACAUGGGCUGCAGCACCAAUCCAUUCUGACUCUCACAUCGUCGGUUAGCGGCAAGCAGCUGGAAUUGCAACUGCUAGUGGAACCUUCGGUGUCGUCAGAUGAUUUCGUUUUGAGUGGAUUCGAUUGA